CGACACCUUCCACGUUUCAUGAAACGGCCCGUUUCACGGCUGACUCGCAGAAUAUGGGAGUCGCGUGCCAUCAGUCGGAUGUUCCAAAACGAAGGAUACACAUAAACCCUUCAGUCACUUUUCCAUCUUCCUCGUUCUUCCCAGGCGCUUGAACAUCCAUGCAUCAUCAUCGGGCUGUUGUAUGUGUGGCCGCUGCGUUCCUCGCGGCAGUUCCACUCGCAGCCGCGCAGGACGAAACCACUGCGCCCGAGGUGCUUGUGACUCGGCCUGGCAUUUGCCGAGGGUCAGGCGCGUCGGCAGAUUGCACCAAGUACGGCACGGGCUAUUCGUGCGUGUCUGUCGAGUCCAACAUUGCCGGCAUGUCGUUGCUAUCCCAAUGCGUCCGAGGGCAGGCGUGCGGGGGGAACGUGAACGGCCAAUGCCCUACGUUUACCAGUUGGCCCGCCAGCACCCGCGUGGUGCAGCCGAUUUGCGCGUUUACCGAAGUCCCCAACUGCGAAAACGCCCUGAACGCAGACGGCACGUCGGUGGUGGCUGCCAACUCGAACAAAACUGUCACGUGUUUUGAAGCCAACUUUGCCAGCGGCACCUUGACCAAGACAGUGAAUGGCAUUUACAAGUGCGUGGACCAAAAGAUGUACCGCGACAAGGCCAUGGGGUUUCUCGAUUUGACCGAAACGCACCUCAAGUCGUGUGCGGGCAACAUCACGACCGACAACAACGGCGUCCGUGUGAACCUGGGGCUAUGCAACUCCCACGGCACGUGCGCCCCCAAGUCGCCCCUUAGCAGCGAAUACGGCUGCAUUUGUAACGCCGGCUACACCCCCACCGACAACUGCUUUGUGGCCGUUGGCAACGUGUGCGAUGGGUUUGGCCAGUGUGGCAGCAACGGGGCGUGCAGCCCCACCACCGGGCAAUGUGUGUGCAAGCCCGGGGCCCGAGGCAACCAAUGCUCGCUGUGCGACGCCACGGCCCCAGCCGAGUCUGUCUGUACGAAUCGCGGCUCGUGUGGUAUCGACGGCACGUGCCUGUGCACGUUGGGCUACGAAGGACUGCAGUGUGAAACUGUGUCCAAACCUGUCAAGUCGAACAGCACUGACUCGACGUCGGUCACACCGUCGACGAGCAGCAGCCCCGACGGCAACCGUCAUACGUUGGUGACCAAGGCAGGGGGGUUAGUACUGGCUUUCGUGGUCGCGGCGUUGGUAUUCGUUUAAACUGACGUAAUUGCAACCUUCUACUGUGAA